UGGUUGAGCCGUGGGAAAGUUUUGCGGCGUUUCUUUGAUCUGCGCGAGGAAAUAAGAGAGUUUCAAGCCAUGAAGACGAACAACAUCCAAGUGCCCACGGACAGACACUGGCUUGCAGACCUGGCUUUUCUUGUGGACAUCACAGAGCUGCUGAAUAUCCUCAAUCUUCAGCUCCAAGGGAGAGACCAGAUGAUCACGCAGAUGUAUGACCAUGUCAAAGCCUUCAAGCAAAAGCUCCAGCUGCUUAGCAGACAUCUUUCAACAGGAAAUUUGGCACAUUUCCCCAGCCUCAGAGAAGUUGGGUUGAUGGAGGAAGACACACCAAAAUACCUCGACAUUCUCAACAAUCUUGAGGUGGAGUUCGACCAUCGCUUUGAAGAUUUUCGUGGAAAUACAACAGCAUUUGAGCUGUUUGCUCAACCUUUUUCUGUGAAUGUGGAUGCAGUCAGUGAGGAGCUUCAAAUGGAACUUUUGGAACUUCAGUCUGAUUCAGACCUCCAUAGCAGGUUCAGAGAGCUUUCCUUACAAGACUUUUACAGGUCUAUUCCCGCACACAGAUAUGGCAAGAUCCGCAAACAUGCUCCAGACCAGUCUAAUGAUGACCCUCGACACACUUCGCUGAGAGGUCAUAGGUCAAAGGCCAACAUCAGAAAACAGUGA